AUGAUUCAUGCAUUUUGUCGUGCUUCAAAAAUCAAUCAAGCUCUAAAUCUACUUAAUCAAUAUGAACAAACUAAUAAUAAAUAUCCACCAAUGUAUAUAACACUAUUAAGUGCUUAUGCUCGUCUUCAAAAUAUUAAUAAAGUGAUUCAAAUACGUGAUCUUAUUGAAGAAUAUUUUCCAAAUAAUGUUCAUUAUAUUUCAUCAACAACAAUACUUUUAGCAAAUACUCAUGCUUUUCUUGAUAAUAUGAAUGAAGCUCGACGUUUACGUACAAUUGCAACUGAAAAAAAUAAACUUAGUGGAAUAUCAUGGACAGAAACAAAUGAUGGUCGAAUACAUGAAUUUAUUGCUCAUGAUAAACGUCAUGAACGAACAGAAGAUAUUUAUGAAGAAUUAAAACAUAUUUCUGAUAAACUUAAUAAAGAUGGUCUUAUAAGUGAUCAACGAUGGAUAACAUCGGAUCAUAAUUCAAGUGAAUUAAAUGAUCCAUUAAAUAGUGAUAGUGAAUGUUUAGCAUUUUCUUAUCAAUUACUACUUCGAUGA